AUGGCUUCCGCCUUACCACUGUUUGCUCCUUAUGGGACCGCCGGCGAGACGUGGGAAGGUUUUCUUGAGUGCUUUGAGUGCUAUCUCAUAGCCUCAAAGAACCAUAACCAACCCCAGGAGGAGAAAUGCAGCUUCUUCCUUAGUUGCUGCAGUCCAGCUAUGUUUGCAUCUGCCAGAGCCCUGGCCUCUCCGCGGCCCAUUUAUCAGCUAAGUUGGGAGACGCUGAUGGCGAAGCUGAAGAAUCAUUAUGCGCCUACACCAUCUCACAUCGCCCACCGUUACGCGUUUCGCCAAUGCGUCCAAAAACCGGCGGAAUCCAUCAGCCAGUUUCUGGAGUCUCUAUGCAUAACAGCGAUGCCAUGUGAUUUCGGGGACUUAGAAGACAACCUUGUAGAACAAUUCGUCUGUAGGGUCAAAGACAUUCGUCUUUGCCGCCGCCUCCUGUCUCACCCCGAGAUCACCUUGCAGCAGGCCGUGGACGAAGCCAGAGCAGCCGAGUUCUCAGAGCAGUCCAUGGCCGACAUGCAACGCCUGCAGCCUCUCCAUCAGCUCCAGCCUCUACCGCCUCCCCCUCCUCCGCCUCCUGUGUGCCCUCCGCUGGCUGCUCACGCGUUCCUUAUUGAUGAGCUGGUGCUGCUUGAAGACCCCAGCUCUGAGCAAGUCGCCCAGCUUCGGGCUCAACCUUGGCGACCACCCCCCAGCCUGCUGUUCUUGCCUCGUCUGGAACGAAAUUACAGCCAGAUCGACAAGGAGGCUCUGGCUGCAGUGUCCAGGGUUAAGAAGUUUCAUGACUAUCUGUAUGGUCGGCACUUCACCCUUGUCACUGACCAUAAGCCGCUCCUUGGGCUUCUGGCAGGCGACAAGCCGACCGCUCCCAUUCUCUCCCCCAGAAUGACGCGAUGGACGGAGUUCCUGGCAGCAUAUUCUUAUAUGCUGCUCUACCGUCCGGGCAAGCAGCUGGGGCAUGCUGAUGCCCUUAGCCGCUGCCCCUUGCCGGACUCUGACCCGGCCCCAGUGCCUUCCCUGUCCAUUUUGCUAAUUGCCUCCUCGGGCCUUCCCCUCUCAGCCGCGGACAUUGCGGCCCACACUAAGGCUGACCCGGUCUUGGCUCAACGGUGCCGGCUCAUGAGUGGGAGGCUCCGAGAGGCCCGCAUCCAUGUGGAUUUUGCCGGCCUCUUCCAUGGCCAGACAUUCCUGAUCAUGGUGGACGCCUACUCUCACUGGGUGGAACUGGUCCUUAUGACCUCCACCUCCGCUGAGAGUACGGUCCAGGUCCUACGCUGUUUGUUCGCAACCCACAGGUUGCCGGACGUGGUUGUCUCAGACAAUGGGCCCCAAUUCACUUCCACCACGUUCCAGGUAUUCCUGGCUUUGCAGGGUAUCUGGCACGCGCCCACUGCCCCGGUGGAGUUCUUGGGCUUCUUGAUUGACGCCCAAGGAAUCCACCCUACACCUUCUAAGAUUGCCGCCAUCAGGAACGCCCCCACUCCCUCCUCCAAGGCGGAGUUGCAGGAGUUCCUGGGGCUUCUCAAUUUUUACACACCAUACGUGCCUCACAAGGCAUCACUAGUUGAGCCACUGCAUCGGUUGCUCGAUCGAUCCGCGGUUUGGUGCUGGGGCAGCCGUGAGGCGCAUGCGUUUGCGGCUGUCAAAGACACGCUUACGUCAGCGGCUGUCUUAGUACAGAACAGUGACAAGCUGCCGCUGACGUUGGCCUGUAAUGCCUCCCGCUAUGGUCUGGGGGCGGUCCUGAGCCAUGUCCUCCCAAAUGGCUCAGAGGCCCCCGUGGCUUUUUAUUCCCAGACACUCUCCGCUGCGGAGCAAAAUUACAGCCAGAUCGACAAGGAGGCUCUGGCUGCAGUGUCCCGGGUUAAGAAGUUUCAUGACUAUCUGUAUGGUCGGCACUUCACUCUUGUCACUGACCAUAAGCCAAUCCUUGGGCUUCUGGCGGGUGACAAGCCAACCCCUCCUAUUCUCUCCCCCAGAAUGACGCGAUGGACGGCGUUCCUGGCGGCGUAUUCUUAUAUGCUGCUAUACCGUCUGGGCAAGCACCUAGGGCAUGCUGAUGCCCUUAGCCGCUGCCCCUUGCCGGACUCUGACCCGGCCCCAGUGCCUUCCCUUUCCGUUUUGCUAAUUGCCUCCUUGGGCUUACCACUCUCAGCCGCUGACAUAGCGGCCCACACUAAGGCUGACCCUGUCUUGGCUCAGGUCCUGUCUCUGCUCCACAAGGACCACCCCGGCUUAGCACGCAGCUAUGUCUGGUGGCCUUUGCUGGACUCAGAGAUUGAGGCCUGCAUGGGCCGCUGUUCUGCCUGUCAACUCUCUUGUCCCAAUCCCCCAGCAGUGCCGACUCGUGAGUGGGAGGCUCCGAGAGGCCCAUGGUCGCGCCUACAUGUGGAUUUUGCCGACCCCUUCCAUGGCCAGACAUUCCUGAUCAUGGUAGAUGCCUACUCUCGCUGGGUGGAACUGGUCCUUAUGACCUCCACCUCCGCUGAAAGUACGGUCCAGGCCCUACGCUGUUUGUUCGCAACCCACGGGUUGCAGGACGUGGUUGUCUCCAACAACGGGCCCCAAUUCACUUCCACCACAUUCCAAGAAUUCCUGGCCGUGCAGGGUAUCCGGCACAUGCCCACCGCCCUGUACCAUCCGGCCUGCAAUGGCCGGGCAGAGUGUGUGGUCCGUUCAGCCAAGGAGGCACUUGGCCGGAUGGACUGGGGUGACUGGCAGACAAGGGUGGCGGCUUAUCUGUUAACCCAACAUUCCACCCCCUGCCCAAUGACCAACAAAAGCCCCGCAGAGCUGUUGAUGGGUCGGCGCCUGCAGGGUCAGAUUGGCCAAUGGAUCCAAGUGGAGGCGCCACCUGGAUCAGCUAAGGAGGCGUCUCCCCGCAGAGACCGGUGUCCCAUCUGA